UGCAGCAAGCACCUAGCAUACAGGCUAAAUGUUGAAAACUGGUAAAUUGGCACUUUUUAAACCUAAUGUUUUGACAAUUCUUUCCAUAACUCUGCUCGCUAGUAUGAGGACACUCUGGAAAGACACUCGUUCUUGAGUUUACAAAUAGUCGUGUCAAGAUUUAUGUGUUAUUUAUUUAUUUUUUGGCGUGUACAUCCCAGCUGCCUGGAGGAAAUACAAGAGUAGAGCCCGUAGGUCCGCAGAGGGAUGGAUCCUCUGGGCGCUCGCUCCCAGUUCGUGGACCACCAGUCUCUCCCCACCUGGCAGCAGCAGCUGGAGGGGGGGAAUGGAGAGGAGACGCCGCUGGACCCGAACGACAGCCUGCUGAGCCUGGAGUCCUUCCCCUCGCCCUUCCCCUUCAGACCCCACAUCAACCGCAAAGUCAUCCUGUUCUGUGGUGAUAUCAGCCUGCUGAACUGCACGGCCAUCGUGAACACCAGCAACGAGUCUCUGAACGAUAACAACCCGGUGUCCGACAGCAUCCAUCGGCUGGCAGGAGCCGAGCUGAGAGACGACCUGCUCAAACUCAAAGGAUGUCGGACCGGCGAGGCGAAGCUGACUAAAGGCUUUAACCUGGCGGCGCGGUACAUCGUCCACACGGUGGGACCAAAAUAUAAAUCCAAGUACAGGACGGCGGCGGAGAGCUCUCUGUACAGCUGCUACAGAAACACGCUGCAGCUGGCUGCAGAGCAGUCGAUGGCAUCUGUUGGUUUCUGUGUGGUGACAACGACCAAAAGAGGUUACCCACUGGAGGACGCUACACACAUCGCUUUCAGAACUGUGCGCAGGUUCCUGGAGAAUCAUGGGAACAGCCUGGAGGCGGUGGUGUUCGCAGUGUCAGACACAGAGGAGCCGGUGUACAAGAAGUUGAUGCCUCUGUACUUCCCUCGCUCUGAGGAAGAGGAGCGGGCCAGCCUUCCUCUCAUCCCCUCUGACAUCGGCAACUCUGAGGGGGAACCCGUCAUCCCCGAGAGACAGAUCCGCAUCGCAGAGAAACCCGGCACCCUGGAAGAAGAGGAGAGUCUGGAGUCAGACCUGGGUCAGGUGGGGACUCACGCUUUCGCCCGGAUGGAGGGGGACGUGGACAAACAGAGGAAACAGAUCCUUCAGGGCCAGAUGUCGGACGUGGCCCUGCAGAAACAGCACCAGAGAAAUUACAACCGCUGGCUGUGUCGGGCGAGAGCGGAGGAUCUGUCUGACAUCGCUGCUCUGAAAGCUUUAUAUCAAACCGGGGUGGACUUGUGUGGCCGGACGGUGAUGAUUCUGGUUGGACGAAACAUCCCGGUGACUCUGAUCGACAUCGAAAAGGCGCUGCUGUACUUCAUCCACGUGAUGGACCACAUCACAGUGAAGGAGUAUGUGAUGGUUUACUUCCACACGCUAACCGGAGAGCACAACCACCUCGACUCAGAGUUCCUCAAGAACCUCUACGACAUCGUGGACGCCAAGUUUAAGAAGAAUUUGAAGGCCUUCUACUUUGUACAUCCAACAUUUCGCUCUAAGGUCUCCACGUGGUUCUUCACCACCUUCAGCGUGUCGGGGCUGAAGGACAAAGUUCGCUACCUGGACACCUUGCAGCAGCUCUUCACCUGCAUCCAACCGGAGCAGAUCGACAUCCCUCCCUUCGUCCUGGACUAUGACGCACGGGUAAACGGACCGUACCACCCCUCCCACUCCUCCAGUCUGUGACAGCAGAUCGAUUCGACCCUCCAGUAACGACACGUUUUCAGCUCGUAAAGUGGGAACCUUCACGUUCACGGUGUGGUCUGACCUCCUGACCUCCUGACCUCCUGAAGGCUCUGACCCUUUGUUGGGAAACUCUCCUUUUGUUCUGUUUCUGCCAAAAGGACAGAUUUAGCAGCCUGUGGUCGGCUGAGCGGUCUCUCUCUCUCUCUCUCUCUCUCUCUCUCUCUCUCCACAGACUAUUCGUGGAUCUGGUUUCUGGAUUAUGCCUUACACCAAGACUGCUUUUUGCUCAAACUUCCCGCAAUAUGAAGUAUCAUGUGAAGCCUCAAAGCGUUUUCCAUCGUGCGGUCGUAUCAGACGUCUGCGCUCAGAAUAUUAUCAGACUUUUUCAAAUGCUGCAGUGAAAUGACGUCGGUCUGGAUUUCCACAUCGUCUCCUCCAGUUUCUCUCAGGCUGAAGCUGGAAAACACCGUUGUUAAAAACCGCCUCUGUCCUGCAGUCACAAUCAGAGAAACCCUGAGGAGAGAAACACUCUGUCUAUUGAAGCUUAGCUAGGUAACAUCGAAUCAACUUUAUAUCACAACAAAUAGCAAUGUUCAACUCAAAGGAAUACUCUACAUUACCUAUUGGCUUUCAUUAAAUAAGACGGUCGACAACACUCAUAUUUGUUUGCUAAAUAAAUGAAAAAACGUCUUACAUUUAGUUUGUACGAAUUAAACAAACAAGCUGUACGUUUGUGAGCUUUGAAGGAGCUGGUAGGUUCUUACCUUUUAUGUUAAUGCACAAAUAUGAACGUGGUAUCCCUCUUCCCUUCCAACUCUUUAUCUAAAUAUCACCAAACGCUUCAAAUCCAGACAACAUGUUUUCUUGCAGGAAGUUUGUAAUUUCCCACGUUAUGGUGUGUCUUGAAGGCAGCACUAGUUUACUGUAUUCAUUUGGUUUACCCACCUUUUUGUCACUACGGUUGAUAAAAGUAGCACUGAAACAAUGAAUCAAAUGCUCAAUCAACGGAUCAAUGAAUCGUCAAUGAUUUCUUUCAGUUUCUCAAAUAUCAUGCUGCUUUUUUUGUUUUGGAUCGGCACAUUUUGAACACUUUUUGGACUUUUGGUUGCAGAACAUUAUAAUGAAUCACCAAGGGUCUCUGGGAACGUAUCGUGUGCAUUUUUCACUUUAUUACAACUUUUUCUAAAACAAUUGUCUCAUGUUUUUGCUUUCCCAUUGCCCCACAAUGUUAUCUCUUUCUGAAACGCUGGCUAAUGUCAUCUGCUCUGCUUCCUCUGAUGUUCGCUUUUAAAGGGUACUGAUUUUUCUCCUCAUCUUGCCAAUGGAGUUUCACAUUUGUUUAUGCUCUUGUGGGGUUUUGCCUUUCCUGUAGGGUGUUAUAUUUGUUUUUCUGCAUUCAAAGGGUUUUCAUAAUCACAACAGAGCCAUCCAAGUAACCAAUCAGAGCAGACUGGGCUCUGGUUUCAGACAUAGGGCGAAAAGAGGUACAAAAAAAGACCUUUUGAAACAUUAAAGCGUGUAAACAUCACAGAGGCACAAAGUCCAAACAUGAACCUGUAAUAAGCAGAAUAGGGCCGCUUUAAACUGAUAAUUUUGUCUCUUUUUUGCUUGGUGUUCUCACUAAGCACAUGUCGUUUGCAUUAUGAUGGGACUGGUGGGUUUACCUCAUCAGGGUCAUUGCAAAUCAAAUCAACUAAACUUUUAAAACAUUCCUUUUAAGUGUCUAAAUAUUAAAUCGGUCAUAACGAAGCGAACCCCGGCUGUCUGCCACCCAAAGAUUGAACACUAUCACAACAAAUGUGUGUUUCUCUAUUGGGAGGAAUCUCUCAUUCAGUCUCUCAAUCUGCGCCUCUUUAAAUCUGUCCCGCUCUGUUGGCAGCCUCUCAGCUCUUUGUCUUAAAAUGUUCUGAAUCAUGACACAUGUGCACAAGUCACAGAGAUUAUCCCUACAGAAAAGGCUUCUUAGAUUUCAAUUCACAUGUUGUUGGAUUUGAAAGACUCAUCAUCCAGCGAGGAGACAUUUCAGAUGGUGUCCUCUGUUUAAAAUCACCAACCAAUCACCCUGUGAAGAGAAUGAAGUAGAUUUCAACAACAUUAAUCAACUUUUUAAUGUCUUAAAAAUCUUGUUUUUCUAUAAUAAAUGAUAGGGAGGCGAGAUGAAUCCACGUAAAGUGAUUGUUCUCACCUCGUGCUUUUACAAAGAUAAAGAUUUAAAGACUGGAUAUGACAAUGAGUUGUGAAAAAGGUCCUCAAUACAACUCUGGACUUUGUUUCAGUUACAAAGACAACCAGUGAACUGUGAUUAUUUCAGAGGUUAUCAAAUGUUGAGCCAAUCUUUGACUUCCUGCAAAUGUAUAUAUAUAUUUUUUAUGAUUUCAAAGUGAUCGGAUGGGGUUGGACAACAGAUUUACUGUACAAUGCUGAUUUUUUAAUAUAUAUAUAUAUAUAUGCAUAUACACACUUAUUAAAAUGACUUUUUUCUUCUGUAAA